AUGAAGGGAAGACCUAAAACAUCAUCACACUACCCAAACAAAGAUUAUUAUUUUCUUGUGUCAGUCAGAGGUUUUCUUAGCACUUUACGUAGCAGUACCUUGUUUCAAUUUCAGAGUUCACUCGACAGACAUCUCUUGAGAAAAAUUGGAAAAUUUUAUGGAGCUAUAAGUAAAUGGCGACAAGUUUAUCGAGAAAAGUCCAAGGUUAAUAUGAAUACGCUAAGACUUUCCCAACAUUCUUAA